CUGAACAGCAGGUAGCAAGUAUUUCGUAACUGGUGUACUCAUUUCAAAAUAUCAAGUUUAACCUCGUUAAUUAUGAUAAGUAACGGAAGAAACCAGAAGAGAAUUCGCUGACAAUGCUUCUGAACUGCUACUUCCUGUAAUGGCAAACUCUCAUUUUAGUAAAAUUGACGAGUACGGAUUUGAGCGUCCUGAUGACUUCGAUUAUGAAACUUAUGAAGAAUUUAUGUCCCAUUAUCUUGUCGUCCUGGCAAGGAGGGCAAAGAAAUGGGCAGACCUGGUAGGCGAAGGGAGGUCGUUGAAAAGGAAUUUGACAGUUAAACGCUAUGUGCGAAAAGGAAUUCCAAGUGAAUAUAGAGGCAAGGUAUGGCUAACUGUAAGUGGUGCAGAGAAAAUGAAAGACGAUUCAGGUCCCAACUAUUAUCUUCAGUUGCUUUCUGGUGAUAUAGAUCAAGAUAUUGUUGACAUUGUGAAGACCGAUCUGCCCAGGACAUACCCAGAUAACAUAUUCUUCAAUGCUGCUGCAGACCAUCAGAGGCAGCUCUGUAAUAUAUUAGUUGCCUAUGCACAUGACAACAAAGAAGUUGGAUACUGUCAGGGUCUGAAUUAUAUUGCAGGUUUACUUUUGCUUGUCACCAAGGAUGAGGAAACAACUUUCUGGUUAUUGAAAGUACUUGUUGAGAAAACACUGCCGAAAUAUUACACGAGGACUAUGGAGGGUGUGAUAACUGACAUAGCAGUACUGGAAGAACUUGUAAGGCUAAAAAUACCAGAUGUACACAAACAUGUCCAGGAUGUCGGCUUACCAUGGGCUGUGAUAACAACAAAAUGGUUUAUCUGUCUCUUUGCAGAAGUUCUGCCAAUAGAAACUGUGCUGAGGAUAUGGGAUUGUCUUUUUUAUGAAGGGUCCAAGAUAAUAUUCAGAGUGUGUCUAACACUUAUUAAGAGAAAUCGAAGCAGUCUCCUUGAAAGCACUGACUUUGCUACACUGGCGGAGUGUUUCAAGAAUAUUACUAAGGAUUCGUUAGUCAUUCAAUGCCAUGACUUUAUGGAGAGCAUAUUCAAGACACCAGGUUCACUUCCGGCCACAACAAUCAGUAGACUACGUGAACAACAUUCACAACAAAAAGAAACAAGGAAGCAAACUGAAGUGCUAAGAUGAAAGUAAUGCUGAUUGCAUGGUAUUACCUCAGAAAAUCAGCUGUCAAGUUCCUGAAUUAGAUGCUACCUGUUGAAUCAGGCAGAAUGAAUUAAGAGUUCAUGUUGAUUCUCAGUAAUGUUACAAAAUGUGUAGCAUUUGCAUUUUAAGUCUUUGUUACUAUUGAUGAGAUACAAUAAUUACAGCACGUUCUUUUUUCAUUCAUGAGCACUGGCUUCAGAUGAAAUUUAUUAGUUUUCGUACAGGUAUAAUAUGAGUUAAUCAUGAGUCACAUUUAUGAAAUUAUAUAUGUGUGUGUGUGUGUGUGUGUGUGUAUAGUGUCUUCUUUUUGUAUGUGAACAGGUGUAGCUUAGACCUUAUUGUUGACAUAAUAGUCUCUGUAAACUUACAUAACUUGCAAAACAUGACAAGGAAAUCAAACUGUUUAGUUCAGUAAUAAUGUAUUGUAUAGUAUUUAUUUUUGUGGGUUAAGAGGCAUGCACAUUGUGAUUUUUCCCAUACUUUGUGGAUUUACUCAUUUCAUAAUUUCCUUCUAAUUUAUUUAAUUAUAGCAUUUCUGAAAUGUUUUGUUACCCAGAAAAAUCCUUUGUACAAAUGUAUAGUUAUAAUUGAAAUACACAUCAAUCUUGUGAAGAUUGUAAGGAAUGAUAGUGACUUGUUGUACUAUGUAGUUUCCUGGGGUAAAAUAUUUCUUCUAUUGUAUUUAAAUGUGGUUGCUCUAGUUAAUUUUUGAAUCAUGGCCAUCAAAGUAUGAGCCAUUAUAAGGCAGCUUUAUUGUCAUACAAAACUCAUUUUGGCAAAACAGAAAUUUUUCAAGAUAAUUUAUCCUGAUAAUCUGGCCUACUAGACUACCACUUGUGAUUGGCUAUAGUCACACAAUCAUUGUAGAUCCAUGCCUUGGUGGGUCAUCUGUAU